CUGGGGUCCAGGCCGCACCCCAGCCCCAGUGAACCCGGCCGACUGGACCGGCGCGGUCAGCACUGCUCAGGGGGCGCGUGGGAGCUGCGCCCCGCUCCACGCCACACCACUGGAAGAAGAGUGCAUGUUUCGGAAAUGCUGCUGUCUGACACAGGAAGUCAGGAAGGCUGCUGGUAACAGAUGAAGGCUGCAGAGGUGUGCAGAGAUCACUUCCUGACUCCACCCGCCUGGUGCAGUAUGGGUUUCCUCAGGUGACCAGCGUGGGUGCCCGUGCUCAGAGCCCAGGACACAGGGGAUGCCCUCUUACUGACCUUUGCCUUAACACGAAUGAGAGUCACAAGGAACAGAGUCUCUGCGGCAGCCCUGUGCCAACACCAGCAGGACACGCCCUCCCCCAAGGACGGGAGAAAAAGUGUGGACAGAAGUGAAAUCUGAUUGCGUGCCAGGAAAGCGUGUGGAUCCCGGCACUCAUGGAGAACACAGUGUCCUGCGUCCUCUACCCCGGAGAGGAUCAUGCACGCGGGGCUCCAGGAGAGGGCAGCCUGCCGCCGCCGCCCCCGCAGGAUGCAGCCGCAGGGGAGGGCUCUGCGUCUCUGUCCCCGUCCCCGGCACAGACACCCUGCAGCCUGCGCGCGUCCCUGUGUUUCAGCUCCGGGGAGGAGUCCCCGCCGCAGUCGAGCGCCACCGCCGAGCUGGACGCUGCGGACUCCCCGCCCUCGAGCGUGGUGCAGAAGCAGUGGGCGGCCAGCAGGGCAGGCACCGUGUCCCUGGGGGAGCGCACGACCCCUGAGGACCCCACUUCGCCGGAGGAGCCUGUGUCACAGGAGGAUCCUGUGUCCCCAGAAGUUCCUGCGCGCCCCAAAGAACUCGUGUGCCCCCAGAAUCCGGAGUCCCAGGGAGAGUCCGCGACCCCCGAGGAGCGUGCGCGCCAGGAGGACCUUGCGGCGUCCCUGGACGAGCUAGGGGAGCCCCCGCCGGUGCCCCCUGGUGUCGGGUCCGCGCACGGGGAGCCCGACCUGGUGCUUGAGGUGUGCGGCUGCCGGCUGCGCGCACACAAGGCGGUGCUGGCCGCGCGCAGCGACUUCUUCCGUGCACGCGCAUCGCGGGACGUGCUGCGCGUGCAGGGCGUGAGCGCCGAGGCGCUGCGUCUGCUUCUGGCAGACGCAUACGGCGGGCAUAUGGCGGGCGUGCGCCCCGACAACGUGGCCGAGGUGGUGGCCGGGGCGCGCCGCUUGCAGCUGCCUGGGGCCGCGCAGCGCGCCACCGAAGCCGUGGGGCCGCAGCUGACUCUGGACAACUGCUAUGAGGUUCUGAGCGCCGCCAAGCGGCAGCGGCUGGCUGAGCUGCGCGACGCCGCCUACCGCUUCAUGAGCGACCGCUACCUAGAGGUGCUUCGCGAGCCCACCGUGUUUGGGCGCCUGUCGGGCGCCGAGCGCGACCUACUGCUUCGCCGCCGCCUGUGCACCGGUCGUCCUCGCCUGCUGGCUGCCGCGCUCCCGCCCGUGCCGACUGGGGAGCGUGCCGGGAGCCGCCCACAGAGUCCUUCUGGGGAUGCGGACACGCGCGGGGACGCGGCCGUCUACUGCCUGGCCUCGGAGGCCGGAGGCUGGCACGCGCUCACGCGGCUGCCCGAGGGCGCUGCUGCCCGUGGCUGCGCCGUGUGCGUGCUCUACAACUACCUUUUCGUGGCGGGGGGCGUGCUCCCCGCGGGUCCCGACGGCCGCGCGCGCCCCUCGGACCGCGUCUUUCGCUACAACCCGGCCACCGACCGCUGGGCCGCCGUGAGCCCGUUGCGCCAGGCACGCUCGCAGCUGCAGCUGCUGGCCCUGGAUGGCUACCUAUACGCUGUGGGUGGAGAGUGCCUGCUCAGCGUCGAGCGCUAUGAUCCGCGCGCAGACCGCUGGGCUGCUGUGGCGCCGCUGCCCCGGGGUGCCUUCGCUGUGGCACACGAGGCAGCCGCCUGCAACGGCGAGAUCUACGUGUCAGGGGGCUCGCUCUUCUACCGCCUGCUCAAAUAUGACCCGCGGCGUGACGAGUGGCUUGAGUGCCCAUGCAGUCGCAGCCGUGAGCGCUCGGCCGACAUGGUGGCACUCGAUGGCUUUCUCUAUCGCUUUGACCUGGGCUCAGCACGUGGUGGGGAGGAGGGCGCGGCGGGGCCGGGUGCCAUCAGCGUGUGGCGCUACCACUGUCUGGCUAAGCAGUGGAGCCCAUGCCCCGCGCGCCCACCACCCUGUGCGUCCGGCUUGCAGUCCUUCCGCUGUGCUGCGCUGGACGGCGACAUCUACUGCGUGAGCCGCACGGGCACCUGGCGCUUCAUGCAUCCUCGAGACGGCGAGCCUGACGGCCACUUUGACCCUGAGCCCCUUGCGGGAGCCCUGGACGUGAGAGGCGUGCUGGUCCCUUUUGUCCUCAACCUGCCGGAGCAGCCACCAGACCCAGGGGAGCAGGGUGCUGCCUAGGUUGGGGAGUUAGAAAGAGAGGGGUCUCUGGUGGGACUCGGGGAGGAGGAAAGGUGGAGAGAGUAGGGAAAGCUGCUGGCUUCUGCGACCUGUGGCGGCGACCUGUGUUUUGAGGGUAGAUACUUCCAGGCUACGUUGCAGUAAGUACCACCACCUCCCUCCGCUGCACUCCUGCUUGGGUUGCUUAAUGGGGCCAGUGACAUGAGGAUAUGUGCAGUUAGCCACAGUUGGGGAGGGGGGAGGAUGCUACACGAGGAGGGAAUGGGGUCACACACGGUUUUGGGGUGCAGUGAGGGGCUCAGGUGCACUCCAGCCUGUUCUGCAUGCGGAGGAGGGGCUGCCAGACCUGCCGGGGUCUCGCCUCACGGUGAGAAGCAGCCGUGUAACCACAGGGAAGUUGGUCGUCAUUCUCUGUUUUGCUUUUGGCUUGCAAGGUUUAACAUCAUAACCGAUGAGCUCCGUGGUUCAGCAGAAAGCUCUUGCUGCUGAAUGGUCAAGUUUGAGGCCUCAGCCCCUUUCCAGAGGCUGACUUACUGGUGUUCCUGUUAAAGUCUUUGGUCUCCAGUGGGAUGGUAGUGCCUGAGCAACUGAGGCCUGGUGGGCACACACCUGGGUCCCUGUCAGACGGAACUGAUGCAGUGAGCCACGGUGCCUGGCUUGCUGCCUUCAUCCCAGGGCUCUGGUGAGCAGAUGUCCCCGCCUGCCCAGAAGUGGUUGUGUCCUGCAAGAGGCUGCCCCCUGCCCAAUGCUGCUGUUCCCCAGAGGAAGCUAAAAGCCUUCUGCAAAUGGCAGGCAUGUCUUGCAUCCACUCUUAACUGAAUCCAGUCAUGUUCCUGCUCCGAGGGACCAGGACUCACUGAGGAGCGCACUGAGGGCACAGUGCGACGAAGCCAGUGGACUUGAGCGUGGUUUGCUUGCUAACCUGGGGGCGGGCCUGGGCAUCUCUGUAGACAUCAGUGGGGGUUGGGAAAUAGGGUGUGCUUUCUGAACAGUUCGUGGCUGUGAAAGGCCUCUGCUAAGUGUGUUUAGAAAUGAUGACUCAUGCAUGACCCGGGGGUGGCACUUAGGGUUUUGGUUAGUGUUUCCUGGGCCUUGUAGGCUUGCUCAGCCUUACACACAAGCCAGAAAGAUAGGCUGGUCACCUGGGUAAUCGUUUUAGGAAAGAAAAACAGACCUGCUUGCCUGGUAGGAGUAUGCUAGAGAAGUAGGCUAGAAGGAAUCCUUGCAGCAAAAGCCAACAGAUGACACUGUUUUAAGGAAAAGUACGUUUUAUAUUGUUGUACAUUUUUUCUGUAGAAUUUUAUUACUGAUGCUAAAAGUUUUUUAUAUGAAAUGGAUCCAGACUAAUAACUUCAUUCCUCAGAUAUCAGGUCCAUGCAGUGCUUUCAUGAGGAAUCCUCGGACGCUCACUGUUGGGAUGGUGGCCCUGGGCAGGCAGAGAGCCAGCAGUGGCCAGCCGCACAGCAGCAUGCCCAUCGCUGUCACUGUGGUGAGAGGAGCAGCUCUCGUGGCAGACACUGGAGUCCCCGGGACUCCGUAAUCUUGUGGCGAGAGAUCUGAGGGCUGGGGGAGGGAUUGCCAUUGAUGAGUGUCCAUCUGCCCAUUUUCAGAAUGGAUAGGGUAUUAAAUGGCAUGUUUCCAGAUAGUGACAGGCUCGUGAGAACAGAGCCAGAGGCCCGCAGCACCACUUGUUUUGUUCUGGGGCCAGCCCCUGGGUGCGGAGCAAGGUUUACACCCAUCAAAGCACCGGAUAAGCCACACCACCCUCGUCCUGGUGCAGGAGCUGGGGGGGAGGUGGCGCCGUGGAGACACACCCCACUGUGUCCAGCCCUGUCCAGGGACAGUGAGGGUGGACAUACUCCUGGCUGCCAAGCAGUGAGAGUCCAGAGGCCUGAUGCAGCCCUUGUAAAGGUGACGCAGUGCCCUGGCAUCUCCUGGCCCUGGAAGGGCAGAGCCGUUCUCUGAGAGGAUGAUGCAGCUGACACUGCAGGUUCCUGGGGAGCCGACAAGUGGCCACUGAACUGUUGAGCAGGAGUCUAGCUCUGCACUGCUUUGUUUCUGGCCUGUGGUCAUGCUCUGUCCCAGGAACCUUGGCCCGCAGCUCUGGGUCUGGUGCGUGGUGAUUUGGUUUCCACAGCCUAAGUGGCCCUUCUUUCUUUGCCUUCAAGAGAAUGAAGCACACUGUGGAAAUUCAUUUGCAGCUUAGUGAAAACUCUUAAUAGUUUUACUACAUGCAUCUAGUAAGAGAUGAAUCAUCUGCUCCACUCCCACCAGUUUCACUGUUGCUUUAGUACAUCAGGGCUGAAGAAACUUCCUGUAGAAUGUGGAAGCUGGGUGUCUUUGAGGCCUUUUGGCCUGCACUGAGGUCCCAGUAGGUGAGAACAGAGCCAGUUGUAGCCCUAAGGCAAAUGUGAGCCACAGUGCCCUUCAGGCUGGCUUUAGUGAGGUGUUUUCCUUAGCUUGCAGAAAGCUUCAUUUUGAAGUUUAAAGGCCAAUUUUGUACCUUUCACCUUUCCUCUGGAAGAUUUUUCUUGACAGCGAUGACUCGGGCUGGAAGUGGAACUGCUCCUUUUGGCUGCGUCUGGCUUUACUGCUGUGACUGUUACUAGUCAUGUCCUCCUUGCUUUCUCCUCAUCUGCAAAGGGGUCUGGGCUGUAGGGUGUUAAAGCCCUGGCCGGAGGUGUCCUGAAGGUGCUUUGAACAGCUCUGUGGGCUGAUCUGUGGUGAAGGAAAGGUCUAGAUGUGUGGGCACUUCCACCAGUGCCUGGUGACUCACUGGUACUAACUAGCACUCCCACGCUGCCCUUUCUCCAGAUGAGCUGCUUAGGGCAGAGCUCUGGCCAGCUGCUGCUGUGUGUAACAUGUUUACUAAUGCUUGAGUUUCAACACCCUGAGCAUCAACGCUGUGAACCUCAUGUGUGUGCCCACAUGUGCAGAAUGAAAUAAAGCCUGUGGAA